UAUAGCUAUGUCUGUAAUUAUUCUCACUAUAAUAUUUUUUGUUUUCAUAGUAGCUUUGAUAGUGUUUCUGAUAACCCAAGAAUUCGUUAUGACAGACAUCUGUUAAGAGGAAAUACUCGAACUUUAACACGAAUAUCAGAAUUCACUCCAAUUGCUGCAAGAAAACAGAAAAAUCUUGAUUAUUUAUAUGAAUUUGAUGUUCAAACUCCACCACCUGUAGAAGGGAGACUUCAUAUUCCAAUUCAGACUGGAGUGUACUUAGAAGAACUGCAAAAAGUGGUUAAAGAAAGGGAUGUAGAAUGUCAGACUGAUGUCUUUUUAGAGAGACCUACCACACCAUUGUUUGUUCCUGCCAAAAUUGGUGUUGAUGUAGGAACUCAAAUUGAAGAUGAUGAAUUAUUUGAUUUUGAUACUGAAGUUAUUCCAGUAUUGGAUGCUUUUGUUGGUUAUAUAUUAGAACAAAGUUUGAUUGAAGUAAUCCAAGAAGAAGAAUUAGCAACAUUAAAAGAACAUCAAAGGAGAUUUGAGGAACUUAGAGCAUGCGAAUUAACAGAAAGACAACGUUUAGCAGAACAAGACAGAAGACUUCAAGAAGAAAGAGUAAAUAUAUAUUUUUAA